AUUGCAUCAGUUAUUCAAACAAAAUGUUUAUUUUACGAACAAUAUCUAAAACAAAUUUAAUUUAUCAAUGUCAACGAACUUUUAAUAGUAUUUCUGCAAACAAUAACAUAAAUUUGCUAAAUAAACUUAAAAGCGACAAUUUACAAAAACGUAAACUAUGGGGUUACGUAGCAAUUGCGUUCAACAAAGUUGACAGUGAGCGAUUAUCCAAAGUGGGACCGGAGCGGCUGUGUGCAGAAUGGAUAUUGAAAAAUGGUGGUGCAGUCGGUUUAGUAGGCAUGCAAAAUCGGGUACUUAAGGACUACAAUAGUCUGCCACCUGAGUCGGUAAAAUUCUAUCUGCAAGUCAUUGAUGCCACUAAUGCAUCUAUUAUGAAAAUGGGACUUGAUCAUUUUGCCGGUUGUCGGCAUAUAGAUACAGUUAUAUUUGACAAUUGUAAGCAUCUGGAAGAUGGAGGUCUUGAAGGUUUAGUACAUUUGAAAAACACACUUAAAAGAUUACAAGUUUCUGGUUGCUAUAAUCUGCGAGACAGUUGCUUUGAUGUAGUAGCUCAAUUGACGGCGCUGGAACAGUUACGUUUGUUCGAUUUGUUAUAUGUGAAAGAUAUACAAGGCGUAGCCACUAAACUACGGCAAGCGUUACCAAAUUGCAAAAUUGAAGUGAGAGCCUCCAAGUAGACUGAUUUUCGAGCUGAAAAUUUUAGCAACUCAAAAUGUACAUACAUAUAUGCAUACAAAUAUUUGUGUGUCUUUAAGUGAAACAUACGUCAUACCAUUUGUAAUGGUUCAUGUUUUUCUUGGAGACGCACUGUAUCAAACCGAACACCUUUUAAAUGUGUAACCGUCGCUAAGUGUAUACUCACAUACAAAUAUAAUGUAUUUGCAUACAAAAUUCUUUAAAACAAAA